AUGCUCGUAGCCAAGUUGUGCGGAAGUCCCUUCUGUGGCGACUGCGUUGACAAGAUCAAAUUGGAUCCUGAAGGCCAUGACUCGAAGGACCAGCCUGCUAUACUGUGUCCGGGGUGUUACAACAUUGAUACCGUGCAACCCUUCUCGCGCUUCGACGAGCUGGAUCGCACGUGCAACGAUCUGGAAGGGAAAAACAGGUUACUCACUGCUGAACACGAUACAGUGAAAGCAGAGCGCGACCUCUCCCGGUCCCAGGUCAUCAGAUGGCGCGAUUUGUGCCAAGAGAUGUAUAAUCGCACAGAUCGCGUCGAAAAAGAGAAUGCGCUACUUCGUCAGCAGCUCGGCGACCUCGAAGCUCGAUGCGACAAGCUCACAACUUCGCUUGAGAGGGCACACUACAGAAUAGCUGAACACGAAGCGGAGGCGUCGGUUCGCAACUUCGAGGCUAGUCUUUGGUCUUCCGCGCCGAUGGAACUGCCCGAUGCCAAUGUUGCCGUCUCCCUGUCUCCCGAGUGGCACGCUGAUACCUCGCCGUCGUAUAUCUGCGAUCAACCUCACCCAAGCGAGGCUGGGCUACUGGAGUUCUGCGCGUCGCCAUCCCCGCAUGAGCUCAGCGUCGGACAGUGGCUCUUAGAGUCAUGAGCCAUGCUCUGCCGUGCGCGCCAGAUGGUAUUGCCAUGUCCUCCCUAGGGAGUUCUGCUCUGAGCCUUCCUCAGUGUCCAAUGCUCGUUUUUCUUCCAUGCACUGACGCUAU